AUGCGCGAUCUAUCUCUCACGACACGGCAAAAGGAAAGGUCCUACUCGAUGCACUUCAACACGGUAUUUUUGUAUAAGAUGCUCAAGUUCAACGCAAUUGGCCUUUUGGCUAUUAUGACUUCCCUGACGUCCGCUAUACCUGCGGAGCACGUCAGUCAUGUAGUCCAGGGUGAAGUUGCCGUCUCAAAACUAGAGGCGAGGCAGGUGCAGUAUAGCUGUCAAGUUGUUCGAGCGAACCAAUUGGGAAGAUGCCGAAAUGCAAUUGCGGAUCUGAGGAGGCGCGAUCUUAGAGGAUUCGAUGUCUUUGCUUGCAUUAGCGCCGGUGCUGCUUUCUUUGAUUCUUGUGCGGCUGCAGUCGCGAUGGGGGGCUUGGAUUCUCUAAUUGACGUGGGCUGCAUUGGAACUAUCGCCAGCAUUGAGGCUGGAUGCAGAGGUUGCAAGGCUGGUAUUGAGAAACGGGAUGUAGAACGUGCAGCAGCCACGAUAUCUACUUAA